AUACAAGGUAUCCAUAUUUAAAACACAAUUCUAGAAAAUUCAAGUAAAUCACAAAUUAACCAUACAAAUUGUUCAACACCAAUAUAGAAAACUCAAGAAAAUUGAAGCAAAUCACAAAAUUAUUCAUAAACAACAUGAUUAAUUGAAAGUUUCUUCCUCCUUGUCAAUUAAGCUUCUUUAGUCCCUUCGGGGGCAUCUGAUAAGCUUCUUCACUCUCCACUCGAUAAUAUCAAGUUCAUUCUACACAAUUAGAAAGAAAAAAUUAGACAUGUCUCCACGAAAUAAAGAAUAUUAGUUGUUUAGAAUAUUAAAUAUACCGGGAAAAUUAAUUAUAUGGGUGUGGGCGGGUACCCAUGGGGCAGGUUUACCUAAACUCAAACCCAACUCGGUGAAUAGUGAACGGGUUUAAAUCCGAACCUGGCUCAAAACCCGUCAACAGGGGUUUUACCCGCGUUGACCGGGUUGGGUUGAGUAGGGUACUCGUGGGUUCGAGUUUUGUUGCCAUCCUUAAUCACAACCCCUUCUUCCCAUCCUACCUCCUUUCUUCGAGAGUUACCAAUCUUCCUAAAAUAUUGAAUUUAUAGCCCCAAUCUCAAGUAAAAUUACACUAUUGCCCUCCUUAUCUUUGUUGAAUCGAGCAUGGUGGCAACAGAUGGGGAGGUCAUGUCGAACAUGUGCCCUGCCCGCCCCGCCCUGGCCCGUUGUAAGGCAGGUUCUUAUCGGUCCCAAACAAUCGUCGCGCGUGUGCUCUACCCGCUUCUCAUGUUCGUCGGGUGAGUUGAAAACGCGUCGCCAGCGAUGAUCGGACAUGUAAAGAACCCGUCUCAACCUCAUCGAAGACUGGUUUUCAACCCGUCCCACCGCUAAAACCCACGAAAAAAUUCACGGCCCAGGGAUUCUGACCCGGUGGUGACCGACAGAUGUCGUGGAGGUGGGCGGCCAGAUCCCUUCUUCCACCUCAAUCUGGGCGCCGUUGAGUUCCUUCUUCCUCUUCUUCAUCCUCAAGCUGCGUCGGGGGUGGAUUAGCAGGCACCAACAGAAAUAGUAGGUGCAACGAGGUGGGUUGGGGUCGAGGAUCUACUCUUGGCUUCUUCUCUUCUUCCGAAGGAGGUGGACUCCCACAGAGGAGUCGUAGAAGACAAGGCGGUAUGCGUCUGGGGUGUCGGGGUGGGAAUUCCAUUAGGGUUUUUUGUUACAAAUUAAGGCUAGGGGUAAAAGGGUUAGUUUGGUACAUUUUAGGGCAAAAAUUUAAGAAGUUAGGGGUCAAAUAGAAGAGAGAUACUAUUCGUCGCCCUAGAGUUUUAAAUUUUAUCGUCCUAAAUUUAAAAAUAGACACAUCUACCCCUAUCUAUAAUUUCUAACCUAAAUCUCAAAUGAAGCAAAGCGGCGGCAGUUGUUUGGCUAGCAGAUCCGAAGGUGGCCGGCCUUUAAGGUAAACACGAAUUAGUAUUACAUGGGGUGCGAUGGAAUCAUUAAUCAUGAUCACAAUGGUGGUUGAUCGGUACACGAGGGCGACAAUAAAAAUGAUAGAAUGGCGUUUGGUUCGGACGCAGUCAUGGAAGGGAAGAUCGACUGAGGUUUGAGAGACGGUGAUAGAACCUUCGACCAAGAUGAAGAAGUGGUGGAAUUCAGAAAUCAAUGGCAAGGAAGUGUAGCCCUAUUGAAUUGGUGAGUAGUCAAGGUAAGCAUCUAGGUACUGGGUUUAGUCGAUUAGUUCUGGCUAGCCAUACCGGGAACCAAAGGGCAACAUUGUCGGGGAAGAUAGAGGGUGUCGGCCCUGCGGGGGAAGACAGAGGGCGGAGGCGAACCGAAGCAGAUCGAUGUGGUGAGAUGGAGCAUAGGGGGCGGCCCUAUUGGGGAAGAUAUACGGUGCCGGCAAACUCGGUGAAGAGAGAGGGCAGCGACCCUGUCGGGGAAAAAGAGGGCGGCGGCGAGUAGGAACAGAGGACGGAGGCGGCAGGCCGGGGAAGACAGAAUAUAAUUAGGGCGUUAAAUCUAUUCCGGGCGUUUAUUGUUGGGGCAAAAUCGUCCAUCCAUUAUACUUAGGGCGAUUUAUUUUAAAACUUAGGGCGUUAAAUAGAAGUUCAGCAAAUAGAAAACCAACUUUCUUUCUAUUUCACAGGCACCCGCCAUCCCAAAAUCUCGCAAAGGAAGAAAAAUCAAUGAUUGCGAGGAGUUGAAGUUGCUAACUUAUUUCAUCUUAUUUAAUCUUGACAAAGCGUAAUUGAAUAUUGAAACAUAAAAGGAAACUCAACACACAGUUACGUGAUUAGUUCAUGGGAGAGUUUGAACUCUCCAAAUGAAAUCUUUUUAGGUUU